AUGAAAAAAUUAAUAAAUACUUUUUUGCCUUACUAUAUCCAUAAUAAUAAUUUAACGACUAAUUUGGCUUUCAAAAAAAAGAUAUCUUUUUUUUUUUUCUAUGUCGAUCGUUAUAUAUACUCUCCUCUACUUCGCAGUUUGUUGAGAAACAAGAGUGUGCAAGAAAAAAAUAAAAUAAAAAGAAUAUAUACGAAAAAAGUAUUUUAUAAAUUAGGUUUAAAAACUAAUUAUAAUCAAAAGAAAAAUGAAAAUGUAGAAAAUACAGAAUAUAAAAAAUUUACAAAAUACAGUAGUGAAACUACUGAUAAAAAUUCAUACGAUAAUACAAUUAAUGAAAUUAUUGAUAAAAAUUCCAAUAAUACUAAUGAAAUUGAUAAAAAAAUUUAUAAUAAUGAAGAAAUAAAUGCAAUCUGGCCUGAGAGGAUAUUUUAUGUAACACCAUUAGAAGUAAAAAAAAAAAUAGAAAGUGAAAAAUUUAAUGUAAUUUACAUUGGUCAUAUGAGUAUUUUAGUACAAACAAAACACUUUAAUAUAUUAAUAGAUCCAGUGCUAUCUAACAGAAUUGGUUUUUUUAAUAUUCUAGGAAUAAAGAGAAUAAUAAAAGCAGGAAUAACCUUUGAAAAUUUACCCAGUAUUGAUUUUAUAUUAUUAAGUAAUAAUAGAUUUGAUACAAUGGAUAAAAGUACAUUAAAAAAAAUUAUAUUAAGAGAUAAUAGCAUUGUUGUAGGUGGUAUAAAUAUAAGAAGAUAUUUGUUUAAAAAAAAUUUUCCAAUAGUUUAUCCUUUAAAUUGGUUUAACAAAUUAACUUUUGAAAAUAUUUCAUUUUAUUAUUUACCUUCUUUAACUAAUAGUCACAGAUAUUUUAUUGAUAAAAAUGUAUAUCUACCAGGUUCAUUUUUAAUUCAUGACAGUACUAGUAAUGGUUCUAUUUUUUACAGUGGACAUUCAGGUUAUUCCAAUCACUUUUUACAAAUAAAAAGUUAUGUUAAUACUAUAUUAAAAAAUGAUAGAAUCGAUUUAUCAAUUUUACCAAUUGGAAUAUAUAAACCAAGUUCUUUGUAUAAUUCCUUUCAUAUGUCUCCUAAGCAAGCUUUACAAUCACACUUUGACUUAAAUAGUAAAAAAUCAUUAGGCAUAGGAAGUGAUGUUUUUUGUCUAGGAGGAGAAGAAUAUAAUGAAGCAACAAGAGAACUUCAGAAUAUUUUGAAUUUUUAUGAAAAAGAAAAAAAAAAAAAAAUAGACUUCAUUACAUUACAUCCAGGCCAAAAUAUCACUCUUUAA